CGUUUAGUUAAUAGUUUAAAAAAAAUCGUGUCCGUUGUUUAAAGCGAUUUAAGAAAUGGAAGAUAUAUUUCAAUGGUGUAGAGAAGGAAAUGCUUUGCAAGUAAGAGUUUGGCUCGAUGAUACCGAACAUGAUAUGAAUCAAGGCGAUGAUCAUGGCUUCAGUCCACUUCAUUGGGCUUGCAAAGAAGGGCACCUUAAGAUUGUAGAAAUGCUGAUUAAGCGUGGAGCAAGAAUUAACGUGACUAAUAUGGGAGAUGAUACACCUCUGCAUCUGUCAGCUGCCCAUGGUCACAGACCUGUUGUGCAAUUGCUUUUACAAAACAGAGUAGAUGUGAAUUUCACAAAUGAGCAUGGGAACUCGCCACUUCAUUAUGCUUGCUUCUGGGGCUACAAUGCUAUAGCUGAAGAUCUAGUCCUUGCUGGUGCUCUUGUUUCAAUAGCGAACAAGUAUGGUGAUACACCUCUAGACAAAACGAGAGGUCAACUUGUACAAAGGUUGCACGAGCUAGCUACUCAACAGGGGCAAGACCUGAAGAAAAUACAAUUUAAGGACCAGUCCUGGCUUGGCUACAAGACUCGCAGCCGUGACGCCACGCUCUCACGCCAUAAGGGCAUUAACAUCAAUGAGUUAGCACUGCACACCCAAAUCGCUGUGACUCCUUCAGGUGAAACAUGGAGAGGCAGAUGGCAAAAGAACGACAUUGUGGCGAAGAUAUUAGCCAUAAGGGAAUGCACGCCUCGUAUACAACGAGAUUUCAAUGAAGAAUUUCCUAAAUUGAGAAUAUUUUCUCAUCCCAAUAUUUUGCCAGUGGUCGGGUGCUGCGUGUCGCCGCCGUCACUGGUGGUGAUCUCGCAGUACAUGUCGUGGGGCUCGCUGCACGCGCUGCUGCACGGCGGCGCGGGCGGGCGCGUGGUGGUGGACGCGGCGGCGGCGCUGCGGCUGGCGCACGACGUGGCGCGCGGCAUGCGCUACCUGCACUCGCUGCAGCGGGACACCAUCCUGCCCGCCUACCAUCUCAACAGCAAACACAUCAUGAUCGACGAAGACCUGACGGCCCGCAUCAACAUGGCGGACGCGAAGUUUUCGUUCCAAGAGCGCGGGCGGGUGUACGCGCCGGCGUGGAUGGCCCCCGAGGCUCUGCUCAAGCCGGCCGCCAAGCGGAACUGGGAGGCCGCAGACAUGUGGAGCUUCGCCGUGCUGUUGUGGGAGCUGGCCACCAGAGAGAUACCAUUCGCGGAUCUGUCACCAAUGGAGUGCGGCAUGAAGAUAGCGCUUGAAGGUCUUCGUAUAAGCAUACCUCCGGGCGUGUCGCCUCACAUCUCGAAACUCAUCAAGAUCUGCAUGAACGAGGAUCCCGGGAAACGACCAUCUUUCGAAAUGAUCCUACCGAUUUUAGAGAAGAUGAAACGCUGAUUUUGUUGAACGACACAAUUAAUCCGUUUUAAUUUGGUAACUUUUUUUCCUCAAAUGGUUUUGAUACGUUUUUUUUUACUUCAUUAAGGCAAUGGCAUCUUGAAGAUUAAACACUAUAGAGAUGUGUCAUGUGUUGUUAAUACUCGUUGACCAGAUCUAAUAUAUUUUUAAAUUGACAAUAAAGUCAUUGCCUUAUCUAUUUAAAAAUAAUACAAUACCCAAUGGCUUCAUUAUGUAAAAAAUCCUACGUAUUACCGAACAACUAAAACAAUUGUUUAAUACGUGUAACAAAAACAUGAAAGCACUUAAAGGUUUUUCUAGCAGCCAUUAUUUUUAAUUUUUUGUUGCGUAAUCGUUCUAUUUAGAUUGUGUUCAGAUUAUUUUGAUUUAUGUUUUAAUGGUAAUGAAAAUGUAACAUUAACACGAGAAAUGUUUUAUAAAUGCUAAUAUUUAAAUCGGUGCUAAAAUAUAUAAUACUAAAAUAAGUAAGCUUUAUAAUAUUAAAUGGUGUAUUUUGAAAAAUAUAUAUGUAUUAUGAAAUUAACGUAAUAAUAAUAUAUUUCAUACCCGCCGAGGUCAAUAUUAAUUUUAUAAAUAAGUGCCAUUUUUCUAGAUCCAAGCAUCACGUUGAAUGAAGGAAAAUUCGCAUAGAGAUUCGUCUUGAGUUUUUUUGUAUUUAUAAAUACAUAAUAUACUCAGGUCAACUAACAGACAUUAUUUUCAGAUGAAUUAUCUAAAUAGAACUUGUCAAAAAAUGGUCUACAAAGAUUUAUAUACAUACAUAUUAUAUGCAUUAGAAGCAAUUGAAAUUUGAAAUGUUCUAUUGGAUAAGUUAAAAUCAUGUCAUGUCAAUCAUCAUCAAUGCCUCUCAUGCCUUCAAUGUUGUCUUGUCAAAUAACUAUUAAAUAGUAUUUAUUUAGAGAAUCUCUGUCUUACAAUAAUAGCUUAUAAAUGUAUCUUAAAAUGUUAUUCAAAUGUGAAAUGUGACAUAAGCGUGCCUUAAUACUGUUAAUGAGGUCUUGAUUUGUAGUAAUCUAAUCCUAAUAUAUUAUAAAAUUAAUGUGUGUUUUUUUGUUUAACCGGGUCUGUACGCCCGCUAGUUAUCCGAUAUUUUAAAGCUACGUUUUUUUUUGCUAUAGCUUCACCAACUUACGAUGGGUGGCACUGGUCCAAGAAACAUAACGUGUAUUUUGAAGUGAAACUUCUAAUGCGACUUCCAACAAGGUUGCGUUAAACGUUUAACGCUCCUGGGGAGGGGGAAUAGAAAGAGACAGAGCGAGAGUGAAUGAGUGGCACUCGAACGCAUGCGCGUAGUAUACUUGUUAAAGGCCAGCGCGAGCGUUAGCAACGAGUAGCGUCUAAUAUUUUAAUGAAGUAUUUAAAAAAAAAUACUGGGUGUUAGGAGAUCGCUUCCGCAAAACGAAGACAGACAAUAGUGCUAAUGACACCUUUGAUGAUGGGACGGAAAAAAAAUAUUUCAUUUCUGUUUUUUUUUAGUAGAGUAACGUAUUUUUCAUGAAACUAUCGUUUCAUUUAGCUGUACUAACAUAGGACUGGAGCGUAAAUAAUGCUAGUAAGAAGUUUUACAAAUAUGAUUUUUUUUUAAAUCAGGAUUGAUUUUUUCCGUCCCAUCAUGAAAGGUGUCAUUACUACUAUCGUCUGUCUUCAUUUUCGGAAGUGGUCUGCUAACACCCAGUAUAUUUAUUUUUCUAUCUAUGAUAUAAUUGUUGAAGAUGUCGCAUCUCUUAUACACAGCAUUCCCUAUUACAAGAGUAAUCUGAUUUAAGGAUGAAUGAAGAAAACCACAAUACUACACAUCGAAAAAGAAGUUUCACUUCAUUCACGUGUACCAAGUUGUACGCGCACCAUUUUUUGUAUAAUAUCACGCGCUAUGUUGCUUCCUUAAGCAAAAAGCCAGAUCAGUUCCCCGGGAGAGUCGAGGGAGUAGAGGGAGUGGGUUGGUUUCUUAGUUGACCACGCAUCGAUGUUCUUGAUGACCCUAAAUAGUGGUUUAAAUGUCUCUCUUCAAACGAGAUAAGGUACUUUACACUCUAGAUCUGACCGUCUCCGGUAUAGCCGGUGGCGAUACAUAGAGGUAACUACCCAUCAUAAUAUAUAUAUUUUGUUUUGUUGUCUUCGGCAACAAAAAAAAAUGGCAAUUUUAUAAUAAUACAGUUGUGUAAUUUAACAACUAACUAUAACUAAACUAAAACUAAUACAUAUUUUUAUGUAAUAAAAUGUUCAAUAUAUGGUUGUUUUUUUAAAAUA